CGUCGCUCACGCAACCGUCCGAGCCUGGACGCGCUCGUCCGCGACCAACGCGCGCAUGCCCUCCCUGCUGCUGUGCUGACGCCAGCCGCGUGAUGUCACUACCACGACGUCAGCAAGGCGCUGACGCUCCCCACCGCCCCGGCUGCCCUAUGGCGAGCCCAUGGACCCAUACACCGCCGCCCUGCACCGCGUCCACUGUACGCCGCUUGGAGGCUAUAAAAGCCGCCCCAAGUCUCUGCGUUUCGCCACACCGCUCUCAGAGCACUCCUCUUCGCCCCUCCUAGACAGCCAGAGCGCAGCUGGGCAGCCUCGACCGCUCCCUCGCCGGCGGGAGCCCUUCUCUGCCACGGACCACCGAGCGGAGACACUCAAGGGAGCCUCGGAGCCGCCGCUACCCUCAACAUCCGAGCAGCUCGCCAUAGAAGACCAUGCUGCUGCCGCAUGUGGAGGAGUACCUGCUCGAGCUGGACUUGAAGCGGCGUUUCUCCGUCCCUCCUCGACGUCCACGACACCUCCUGCCGGCGGACGACGAGCUCCCGAGCCGCCAUUCAUGCUCAUGCGCCCGACAAGCACCGCCCUGCCCGCAACCCGGCCGUCUGCGCCGUCGACCACGAGCUCGCCAGCACCAGGGAGGCGAGCAAGUGUACUGCACCGAGUCCCCGCGUUGCUACCACGUCGACUCCAUCAUCUCCGGACGUCGCAGAUUCGGACGUUGUCGGGUUUGAAGGAGGGGAAGGAUUUGAAGAAAUUGAAGAAUUUGAAGAAGACCAGGGACAAACAAGCCAACCAAGGCAAGCCAUCUUUUGAUCUCUGAUAUGAUGUCUCCUUGGAUGUCAUCUUGUGCUAUCAAUAGCAUCUUGGUUCUAUGUGUGAUGAUCUCCAUAUUGUUGUCAUCUAUGCUUGGAUGCAAGCAUGGUACCUCUAUUAGUUUUGUCUUGUCAAGGUCUUGGUAAUUGGUUGGGUGUAUGGUAUCAUGGCCACUGCUAUCCAACUUGUUUUCUAUUCUUAGCUUGAACAUGUUCCACCUCGGGACAAGAUUCAUACUACACCACCUUCUGGUGUAGAGGUAUCAAUACCACGAUCUUGGUGUAUUCUCAAAUUGUGAUGAGUAUGCCUAAUUCCCUAAAUGGUGUUGCUGUUGGUCAAUUCUCAUCCCUAUCUAUUGAUUUGGGUUAGAUAACACCACAAAUCCGAAAGUAUAUUUUCUCUUAUGUUGUCAUAAUACAUGCUUAGCUCAAACAAGUAUGAUCCACUCCAAUACCUCUUUUUCAUACCCUCAAUGGCGUGAUGACCCUCAUCUCGGCCAUAGUGUUGUAUUAGUUCAACUCAUGAAACUUUAGGUUGGGAACCCCUCAAGGUUUACCUUGUUGUAAAUGUUUAUGAAAACCUUGGGUGAGGCAAUCUUACCCAAGCGUAUGGUUUAUGAAAGGAAAGGAUCUUGACAAAGAUGGUUGGAAAGAGGAAAUGUGUGUGACUUGGGUUUUUGAGAAAAACGACACAUGGUUCUCUGUAUUCGCCCGGAACAAUUAACCCGCGCAACCACACUACUCCAACGUGGGCACGGGGCUUAGCUUGACGUUUGUUCUUCUUAGCAUGAGGCACCGCACAACUAUACAAGGGUACGAUUACCCCCGAGUCCGGGUUGUCAUGGUUGGGACAAUAGUAUAACGGGAGGUCUUUGGGGCUGACCCGUCCGGAAGACACUAUGGGUCUCCUGGCUUGGCGGUGGAGCCACGCUCAAGAGGAGGUGAGCUGCCACGGUGCCGGGGAGGUACAUACUCCAUAGGGUAGGACCUCUUGCUGAGUUGAAUGGGCGAAAGGCUUCGACUGAUUAUCCGAGACUCGCAUACUUUCGUAUGACGAACCGGGGAUGAUCCCGGCGGAUUUAUCAGAUCUUGUGGGGAAAGUGCGCAAACUCUGCAGAGUCAAAUCUAUUCGAAUAGCCGUGUCCGCGGUCAUGGACGGUUGGGAUGGCCGUUGCCGAGCUGUGUCGAGUCUUGUUUUAUAAAGUGCUUUACAAAGAAAGAGAAUGUGUUGGAUGUACCGGAAGGGUACGGAAAGGCUGGUGCCGACCAUAUGGAGAUGGUCGAGGAAAAUGAAACAAAAAUUGGGUGACCCUUCCUAGUGUUUCAUGUAGGGGAACUCUUCUUCAAUAAAGAUAUAGAGAUGUCGUAGUCUAUCUUUUGAAGUAUCAUCUUCAAUAAAGAUAUAGCGAUGCCAUAGGACCUAUAUGGAGUGUCUUCUUCAAACAAGGCAUAGAAAUGUCUUACUACUUUCUUAGUGUCCCCUUCAACUGCGAUGUUGGGAUGCUAUAUCCACAAGAGAAACUACCUCUCUUUCUCAUGCUAUUUCCACAAGGGAAAUUAGCUCUUCCCUCUUGUCAUCUUAGAUUAGCACUUGUUAUCUUGCACCCUUGCAAAGUACCUUCGUGAUGGUUUGCGAGUACAAUUCCAAUGUACUCAUGGCUUUGUCCCUGGCUAUUUACUUGGCCAGACUUGAAGCAGUUCGACCGAUGAAGAAGGAGUUGACGACGUCUAUGCGAGCUAGGAACGUCUUCCCAGUCAGUUGCCUGUAGGGUUUAUGGCAGAUGACUUGGGCUCCGCGCUGUUGAAGUGAAGAUGCUACUCUGAUGUUUAGUUAGGCCCUUCAAGGCUAUUAUGUAAGUAAUGGUCAUGAGACCUUAUUGUAAUUUUCUUAUUCCGCUUUAUAAUGGAUGGUGUAAUUUGAUAUCAGUUCGGUUAUGUGUUCACGGCGCACUGAUCAUGGGAUCGUGAACUGUAUACAUAACAGGGUAUUUCGGACAGUUAGUCUGGGUCCCCACAGAAAGCACUAGACUAAAAUCCCGUGUGUCCUCGAGAACGUUUGGUCAUUAUAAGUAAACAAACCGGCUUGUCCUUUGUGCUAAAAAGGAUUGGGCCACUCGCUGCAAUUAUUAUUCUCGCACUUUACUUACUCGUACUUAA